UCGGUAUCUGUCAUCCGAUUGGCCCGUUUCGAACGUCAGUCUGCGUUUCCUGAGAUGUGAUUGGUUUAAAUAUCGAAGUCGUUUUCUUUACAUUGCUGCUUUACUGCAAAGCGUCUCGGAACGACAACGCUGUAGAGAUGAUUGAGGUUGUAUGUAACGAUCGACUGGGCAAAAAAGUCCGAGUCAAAUGCAAUUCUGAAGACACUAUCGGGGAUCUGAAGAAGCUAAUCGCUGCUCAGACAGGAACCAGAUGGGACAAAAUCGUCUUGAAGAAAUGGUACACUAUAUUUAAGGACCACGUGUCACUUGGUGACUAUGAGAUCCAUGAUGGGAUGAACCUGGAGCUGUAUUACCAGUAGAGACUGGAGUGUGUGCGCGUGCACACACACACACACACACACACACACACAGACACACACACACAGA